UGCCUCUCAUGCAAGCUCAACUUACUCCAUGUAGUCUGACUUCCUGGGCCUAUGAAGGGAGUGUGGUGAUGUGCAGUGUUUGUGGGAGCCAUAUCCAUACACAACUAUUCUACUUCAGCUUAGCCUGUUUCAAAAGUGUGAGCUUCUUGUUUUUAAAACCUCCUCGUCGGUGAGAGGGGACCAUAGGAAUUUAUAGUUUUUCGAGCACACCGUUUCUUUCCCCACAUCGGUGGACAGGAUGAUAGCAGCACAGCUUCUGGCCUACUACUUCACUGAGUUGAAGGAUGACAAGGUCAAAAAGAUUGAUAAGUACCUGUACGCCAUGCGUUUCUCAGACGAGACGUUGUUGGACAUCAUGAAUCGCUUCAAGAUAGAACUGGUAAAUGGGCUGGGCCGGGACACAAACCCAACAGCAACUGUCAAGAUGUUGCCCACCUUUGUCAGGUCCAUUCCUGAUGGAUCAGAAAAGGGGGACUUCAUAGCUCUGGAUCUAGGAGGAUCAGCCUUCCGCAUCCUGCGAGUGAAGGUGUCCGAUGAGAAGAAGCAGACAGUUCAGAUGGAGAGCCAGGUCUAUGACACCCCUGAGGACAUCAUCCAUGGCAGUGGCACUCAGCUGUUUGACCAUGUUGCAGAGUGCCUGGGUGACUUCAUUGAAAAGCAGAAUAUUAAGGACAAGAAGCUUCCAGUUGGCUUCACCUUCUCAUUUCCCUGUGCACAAACCAAACUGAAUGAGAGUUAUUUGCUCAAUUGGACUAAGCGCUUUAAAGCCAGUGGAGUGGAGGGGAUGGACGUGGUGGCGCUUCUGAACAAGGCCAUCAAAAAACGUGGGGACUAUGAAGCAGACAUCAUGGCAGUGGUUAACGACACAGUAGGAACCAUGAUGACCUGCGGCUUUGACGACCAGCGCUGUGAAGUGGGAAUAAUCAUAGGCACUGGUACUAACGCCUGUUACAUGGAGGAGAUGAGACACAUCGACCUGGUGGAGGGAGACGAGGGCAGGAUGUGUAUCAACACUGAGUGGGGGGCCUUCGGGGACGAUGGGAUGCUGGAGGACAUUCGCACAGAGUUUGACAGAGAAAUUGACAGGGGCUCUCUUAACCCAGGAAAGCAGCUGUUUGAGAAGAUGGUCAGCGGAAUGUACAUGGGCGAACUUGUGCGACUUAUCCUGGUCAAGAUGGCCAAAGAGGGGUUCUUGUUUGAGGGUCGGAUAACCCCUGAACUUCUUACCAAAGGGACAUUUGAAACCAAACAUGUUUCUGCCAUUGAAAAAAGUAAAGAUGGUCUCACCAAAGCCAAGGAGAUCCUGGCUCGUCUAGGAGUGGAACCAUCCACCGACGACUGCAUCGCCGUGCAGCACGUAUGCAACAUAGUCUCCCACAGAUCGGCCAACCUCAUCGCUGCCACUCUGGGCGGCAUCCUCUCCAGGAUUAAGGACAACAAAGGGAACCCUCGCCUUCGUACCACCGUGGGCAUCGAUGGCUCACUUUACAAGAUGCACCCACAAUAUUCCAGGCGUCUCCACAAAACAGUCCGCCGCCUAGUUCCUGAAUCAGAUGUCCGCUUCCUGCUCUCAGAGAGCGGGAGCUCCAAGGGUGCCGCCAUGGUGACCGCCGUGGCCUAUCGGCUGGCCGACCAGCGUCGUCAGAUCACCGAGACCCUGGCGGAAUUCAAUCUGAACAAUGAUCAGCUGCUGGAAGUGAAGAAGAGGAUGAAGACAGAGAUCCAGAAUGGCCUGGGGAGGAAGACUCAUGACAGCGCCACCGUGAAGAUGUGGCCAACAUAUGUACGCAGUACACCAGAUGGAUCAGAAAAUGGUGAUUUCUUGGCUCUGGAUUUAGGAGGGACAAACUUUAGAGUGUUGUUGGUAAAGAUCCGCAGUGGCAAGCGGAGGACAGUAGAGAUGCAUAACAAGAUUUAUGCCAUCCCUUUGGAGGUGAUGCAGGGGACCGGAGAGGAGCUCUUCGACCACAUUGUCCACUGUAUAUCUGACUUUCUGGAUUACAUGGGGAUGAAGAACACUCGCCUGCCACUAGGCUUCACCUUCUCUUUUCCCUGCAGACAGACGAGCCUGGACGAGGGCAUCCUGGUAACCUGGACCAAAGGUUUCAAAGCCACAGACUGUGAAGGGGAGGAUGUGGUGUCUCUUCUCAGAGAGGGGAUUAAAAGGAGAGAGGAGUUUGACUUGGACGUGGUGGCCGUGGUCAAUGACACAGUGGGGACCAUGAUGACCUGUGCACAUGAAGAGCCCACCUGUGAGGUUGGCCUGAUUGCAGGAACUGGCAGCAAUGCCUGUUACAUGGAGGAGAUGAGGAACGUUGAGACGGUGGAGGGAGACGAGGGCAGGAUGUGUGUCAACAUGGAGUGGGGGGCAUUUGGGGACAACGGGUGCCUGGACGACAUCAGGACAGAAUUUGACAGAUUUGUGGAUGAGUUUUCACUCAACCCUGGCAAGCAAAGGUACGAGAAGAUGUGCAGCGGUAUGUAUCUAGGGGAGAUUGUGCGAAACAUCCUGAUCACGUUGACGAAGCGGGGCUUCCUCUUCAGAGGGCAGAUAUCAGAGACUCUGAAGACCAGAGGCAUUUUCGAAACUAAGUUCCUCUCCCAGAUUGAAAGCGACAGAUUGGCACUGCUUCAGGUGAGGUCCAUCCUGCAGCACCUGGGUCUGGACAGCACGUGUGACGACAGCAUCAUCGUCAAGGAGGUGUGUGGCGUCGUGUCUCGCCGGGCGGCUCAGCUCUGUGGGGCCGGAAUGGCCGCUGUCGUCGACAAAAUCCGGGAGAACCGCGGGCUGAACCAAAUGAACAUCACCGUGGGGGUGGACGGAACACUCUACAAACUGCAUCCACACUUUUCGAGGAUCAUGCACCAGACAGUGAAAGAGCUGGCCCCUAAGUGCAACGUCAAUUUCCUUCUGUCUGAGGACGGGAGUGGAAAGGGGGCCGCCCUCAUCACUGCCGUGGGCUGCCGCUUGCGUGCAGAAGAGCAGAAGAAGAGCUGAGUCUGUUUGGCCUUCCCGUUUCCCCUCGUCUCCUCGCCCUCUCCUCAUGGCAGCGUUCCAUUCUAGCCACAACACUGCUGCACAGGAUUCGGUGACACCUCAUUUCAAAUGGUUUAUAAUAAACCAUUUAUAAGGCAUUUACCGUUUAUGAAUCACUAUCCUGAACAUUUGUACACAUUAGCAAUCUGGUUAUGUACAAAUGUGUAUAUACUCCCAUAAAAUCCUGUGUGGUAUGCAUAUUCUUUGAGUAGGUACAGCUGGAAUUUCUAAACAAUGUUAUGCCCAUCUUUCUGUGAUAAGUAUUUAUUUAUUUCGGUUUUUUUUGGAGGAUAAAUAGUGCUAACUUUAGGUUAGGGGCAACAAAUAUGCAUUGCUUUUUAUUCAUAAAUAGUUUCUGAAUGCGUGAGUAAUGAUUAAUACAUGGUGAACACACACAUUAUUAAUGCCUUAUCAAUGUUUUGGUACAGAACCUUAAAAUGAAGUGUUACCGUCCUCCCCACGUGCUUCCGAAACAACCCACAGUUACCCUCUGUUUGGCAGAUGUCAAGGGGCCUGAGGACGGUGCAUUUGUGCUUCUAAUCAUCUUAAUCACACACCUGCAAUUAACCAGCCUUUGGUUUUUUUCUCUUUUGUUGAAUCUUAUUUGUGAUUUUAACACUGCUUUAGGCAUUUUGCUCUAUGUAUAGUAGAGAACAAAGGGAAAUAUCUCUGCUUUGAAUGUCUUACACCUGUGCCCAGGUGCAGCAUAAAUAUGAAUGUUAUUUAUUUAUAAUUUCUGUGUUGGAUGAUGUGUUGACAUAAUGAGUGCGAGGGAAGGAUUAUUGCGAGGUUUCUCCCUUGAAGAAAUUGGUUUUAUUUUGAACGUUUUAUUCUAGAGUAUUUUCAAAAUGUAAAACGCUUGAAAGAAUGUCUAGGGUUGCUAUGAAUGGACCAUUGUUCCAUGACCUCUGAGUAUGUUUCCAUUACUCAUGGGCAGAAUGCAUAAAAGCUUGUUCAAAGGUCAGUGCAGCUAAAUUUUGGCAGUCUUUGUGAAACCUCUCAGGUUGAUUGACAGGCUACAUAAAAGUAAAAAGUAAACGUGGAAACCAUGCUUUAGCAUAAUCACUCCUGCUGAAAAAAGAUAUCUAAAGCAGCUGUAUCCAUAACAAGCUUUUAUUUAAUAAGAUAACUUGAAUUCCAACAGUGCACAAUGUACAAAACAAAAUAUAGAAAGAUGUGAGUAUGGUACAUUUCUAUAAAGCAGUUAAAGAUUUGAGUUUUACUAUAAGAAUAACUAUAGCUCUGAGAUCAUUUGAUGAAUGCAUGCCUUACUUGGUGUCUGAUGUCUAGAAAACAUGUAUUUUUUACAACCAUAGAGGUGCACAAAAACUGGUCCAAAUUAUACAUUUUGAUUUAAAAGAAUAUAUAUUUUAAUGUGCAACCAAAUAUUCAAAAGUCAUCAUUAAAAAACUAUGGAAAAUACCAUUGCACUACUUUUUGAGUAAAGGUGAACUGUCCUUUUAAGCUUAUUUUCGUAAAAUGUUCCAGUGAUUGUAAAAGUAUAUUUAUAAUAUGAAAUAAACAGUUAAGCUGCUGAACAAG